CGCUAAGUCACAAUUUAACAUCAAAAAGAACAUUGAUUUUGAAGACGAGGAAAUUAACAAACGGUAUGAUGUCUCUUGUGUAGUGGUUACUCUUAGAUAACGUUUACAUAAUUUAAUAAGUUAGAAAAUCUUCUUAACUUUACUCUUUGAUAUGUUUUAUAUUAUAAAUCCAUGACUUUCACUUAUAAUUAUCCCACUAAUAGAACAUGUUUUUGUGUGACAGUGGAUGGUUAUUUUUACGUAAUUUACAUUUAGAAAUUAAUAUUAAUAAAUAUAAUCCUCUAAGAGCGUCGAAAUUUAUCGAUUUGCCAAAAUCUCUAAAACUCAAACGUGCAUGUAUUAAUAUUCACAAUAGUGAUAAUUUUUGCUUUUUGUGGAGCAUAAUGGCAGCAUUAUUUCCUGCUGAAAAUAACGCACAUCGAACUUCUUCUUAUCCUCAUUUUGAGAAUGUGCUCAAUAUAAAAAAUAUGACUUUUCCGGUAAACUUUUCUGACAUCAAAACAUUCGAAAAAAAUAAUUCUAACAUAAGCAUAAAUGUCUAUGGGUUAAAAAAUAAAACAAACAUUGUUGGUCCCUUAUAUCGCACUCAGAACAAAAAGAAAAAUCACAUAAACUUGUUGUUCAUAGAAAAGGGAAAUCUUACACAUUACUGCUUGAUAAAAAACUUAAGCCGUUUGUUGAGAUCACAACUUACAAAGCAUCAUAGCAAAAUAUAUUUUUGUGACGAUUGCAUGAUAUUUUUUGAAAAUGCAUCUAAAUUCAAUGCUCACGUGUGUGGUGGUGUCGCCACUAUUUUACCGAGGCGCGGCACUCUUAUUCAAUUUAAAAUUAUGAAAAAAUGCAAGACAUGCCUUUUGUAAUAUAUGCGGAUUUUGAAUCAUUAUUGCAAAUGAGUCCAGAACUAGGCCCUAGUUCCAAUUGUACGAAAACAUUACAAAAGCAUAUCCCAGCUGCAUUUGCAUACUAUGUAGUAUGCUCUUAUGAUAGUUCUUUGAAUAAGUAUGUGUCUUAUCGUGGUGAAGACUGUGUUGAUAAAUUUAUUGAUUACCUUAAAGGAGAUGUUCUAAAAAUUUUCCAGCUUUAUAAAAAUACAAUACCUAUGAAUAAAUUGACAGCUGAGGAAACCGAGUCAUACCACACAACCAAGUUAUGUUAUCUGUGUAAUCAAAUGUUAUUUGAUGACAGAGUUCGUGAUCACUGCCAUCUGACAGGAAGGUAUCGUGGUGCCAUUCAUUCGUAUUGCAAUCUGAAAUAUCGUUUACCUCAAUUUGUGCCAGUGUUUUUUCACAAUUUGUCCGGUUAUGAUUGUCAUUUAUUUAUACGACAGUUGGCACAAACAUCAGCCCCAGGCUUAAGUUUUGAUGCUAUGCUUCUUAAAACAAAAGUUAAACUGCAAUUGAUUGAGGACUUAGAAAUAAUAAGAUUAAUACAGAAAGGCAUCCGUGGAGAAUUACGUCAAAAAGCAACAUCAACAUUUGAACAAGAUUUUUUUAAGCUGUUAAAUAAUAGCAUUUUUGGAAAAACUCUUGAAGACCCAGAAAAACGAUUGGACGUAAAAUUAGUUAGUCAGUGGGUGGAUAGUGAAAAUAUAACGAAAAAACAAUUAAGUGCUGAACAAUUAAUAGCCAGACCAAAUUAUCAUAGUGCAACUGUUUUCUCUGAGAAUUUUGUUGCAGUUCAAAUGAAGCCAGAGUCAAUAAUAUUAGAUAAACCUAUUUACAUUGGUUUUACAGUUUUGGAAAUUUCCAAAAGUCACAUGUACAAUUUUCAUUAUUCUAUUAUGAAACCCUUCUAUGGAUGCAAUUUGAAGCUUUGUUACACAGAUACAGAUAGUUUUCUUUACUCCAUACAGACCAAUGACAUUUAUAAAGAUUUGAAAGUUAGAUUUCAGUCUUAUUUUGAUACAAGCAACUAUGAUGAUAAUAAUUCAUACGGUAUUGAGCGUAAAAAUAAAAAGGUUCCUGGUUUGUUUAAGGAUGAGUUGGGGGGCCAGCUCAUAAAAGAAUUUGUUGGUUUAAGGUCCAAAUUGUAUUGUAUUAAAACUGAAAACAAAGAAAUAAAAAAGGCUAAGGGUAUUAAGAAAACUGUCGUUAAGAAAUUGUUAUUUGAAGACUACAAUAAUGUAUUAUUGCAUAAUGACGGACUGCACUGAUAUUAUGUUUUCUCAAUAUGCUCAAGAUCCUUUGGAGAACUUCACUCAGCAAUGUGAAGAAUUAUUUGGUUACCAACCGAAAGAAGAACAGGAAUCUAAAAAACCCGAAGUUAUAAGGAGAAAAAAGAAAAUCUCGCUGUCACUGAAAAAGAAGAAGAUUUCUACAAAAUCGUUCGUGAUAAGUGAACAGAGGCAGGGAAAUAAAUUAAUUCAGAUACGAGUGCUGGAGUUGACCAGUGAAUCUAACACUGGUGGAAUGGAGGGAUCUUCUUCAGCAACGUUUGCCGACAACGGAAGUAACGAGAGGGUGGUGCUAAGUGCUCAAUACGUAGUCCAUGACCAGGUUGAUGAAAUUAUGGACUUGACGGAAUGUAUUGUUAGGAAAAUUUCGAAAAAACUGUGUAGUGACAAUUUGUAG